UUUUUCCUCCUUCGCAGCUGUUUGCCUUGGGCUUUGCUCCUUAUGAGCCUGCCCGCCGAGGAGGCGGCUUUCGACCAGCUCCGAGCCCGAGGUUCAGAUGGGGAGGAAGACGACGAAGACGAAGAGAUCGACGUUUUGGGCGAAGACGAGCGAGGAUUCCUUCGCCGGAAGGUGGGGCCGGAGGGUCCCGCCAGAGCAGGCGAGACCGAAGGAGCUGGCGGGCAGGCACGCCUUGACGGGGCUGCUGCCGUCUCCGCCACGACAGAGGACGGGCUCGCCAAGCCGCCGUACUCGUACAUAGCGCUGAUCACCAUGGCUAUUCUGCAGAGCCCGCAGCAAAAGCUGCCGCUGAGCGGCAUCUGCGCCUUCAUCCGCGGACGCUUUCCUUAUUACCGGCGGCGCUUCCCUGCUUGGCAGAACUCCAUCCGCCACAACCUCUCGCUCAACGACUGCUUCGUCAAGGUGCCCCGCGAGCCCGGCAGCCCGGGCAAAGGCAACUACUGGCGCCUCCACCCGGCCUCGCAGGACAUGUUUCACAACGGCAGCUUCCUCCGCCGCAGGAAGCGCUUCAAGCGGCCCCUGGCGGCGACUUUGCCCGCUGCCGCCGCCGUCCCCCACAGCGGGAUCGUACUUUUCCCGCCUCUGCCACCGCCACCUUCUUGCACCCUGCUCCACCCAGCGGCCGCCUCCCUGCCCUCCUACGUGCUGCCGCCACCGCCGUUUCUGCCGCCCGAAACGAAAGGGGCAGUGUGCUCCUUGCAGGCGGGGAAGCGGCACAAGGGCUCAGAGAAGGAAAACGCGCGGGCUCAGACCGAGGUCGGCAGCGGCAGGUGUUCCUUCAGCAUCGAGAGCAUCAUGACGGGCUCGCAAGCAGCUCCUGCCGUCGUACAGUUAAGCACGUUGAUCCCGACCCCGCUCGCUGCCACAUGGAGUCGCUGCCCGGCUUUGCUGCCCCGCCCUCAGCAGCGUCUCUUCCCGGCCUCGAGGAGGACCUUGCCGGUGUCUCAUACUAGCCGCAGCCUGCCAGCACUCCUCACAGGCCAUCCGCAGUUGAUCCCCGUCACGGAAGGAACUUCAGACUCCUUUUAAAUCUGUCUGUCCUUUCUUCUCCACAGCUCCGCCUCGGACAUGAGCGCUUUUGGCACCUGUCAUAUCUAGUACACGAUCUGAGCGCCACGCUCAGUGCUUUGCGUGUCUCUGCACAUAAGCAGGCCGCUCUGGAGCUCGGCCCUCCGAUUUAUAAGAAAGUCGAGCGAUUCUGCAAGAACUUGGACCUUUCCAGCUUCUAGAGGCAGUCAUAGUUGCAUAAACUAUGUCGACACCCCCAUCUCUUGCAGUUCACGCUGGGAUUUGCGAUUUUGUCACUCAAGGAAUCGGUGAAAAGUUUACAGUGCCAAUUUGUUUUAUUGGCGAAAGAAAGACUGUCUUAGUGUUUCUUGAUGUUUUCAAACAACACAGUCUUGGGAUACCAUAAGCAGGGGGUAGACAAUCUGGAACCUUCCAGGUGUUUUAGGCAACUCCCUUAGGUGUGCCAGGCAGAACCACAAAUGAUGGGGAAUCAUUGGGAGUUAUAAAAAACACUUGGGGAGCACCAGGGUGCCUGUCCCUCCCGUAAUGAACAAUCCCUGUCUGGGUCAUACUAGGAGUUGUAGAGCAUUUCUCUUCAAACAGGCAUAGGGUUGUGCCUUACAGACAAAUUUAAUUUGUGUAUUUUUGGCAUAGAUUGUAAUCCGUCUUUCCACCUUUAUGGUGCCAUUAUCCAUUGUUUAUGUUGCUACUGUGGAGUAACACAUCUACCCCUUCAGUGAUUGUUUUGAGAUGUCUAUCCCCCUCCUUUAUCCAUGUGAAAAAAUAAUCCAGUAAGAGUGCAAUCCUGUGCAUGUUUAGAAAGAAGACAGCUUUUUUCCUGCCUAAAUGUCCAUAGGAUUGUAUUGUAAGCUUUUGGCAGUGGAACCACAAACAUUCACAACUACCCCAUAUCAUUUAUAGCAAAGAUCCUUGAAAAAUGCCAAAUGGAUGUUAUUCGUAUUUACUGUGUUUCUUCCUGAAAUAGUUUUACUAAUCUAAAUAGAAAAUACAGCUGAGUAUUUAUUACAUGUGUCCUCUCUGCUCUUGCAAUUCAUUGAAAUGCAGUGUUGAAGUGAAGUCUUUGGAGCUCAAAUAAUACAAAUGAGAUACACUUUUCUGUCUGAUUUUUAAUCAUAUAUUUAGCUAGGUCUGAAGUCAGGUGUCCAGUUAUUUGUAUGUACAGGCUGCAUACCAUCAAUUCCAAUUAAAUGGUUAAAAAGAAA